AUGGGGCGCGGGCCGGUGCAGCUGCGGCGGAUCGAGAACAAGAUAAACCGGCAGGUGACCUUCUCCAAGCGCCGGAACGGGCUGCUCAAGAAGGCGCACGAGAUCUCCGUGCUCUGCGACGCCGAGGUCGCGCUCAUCGUCUUCUCCACCAAGGGCAAGCUCUACGAGUACUCCAGCCAGGACAGUAGUAUGGAUGUGAUUCUUGAGCGUUACCAGCGGUACUCAUUCGAAGAAAGAGCUGUACUGGAUCCAAAUAUUGGAGACCAGGCCAAUUGGGGAGAUGAAUAUGGAAGGUUGAAGAUAAAACUUGAUGCACUUCAGAAAAGUCAAAGACAACUGUUGGGUGAACAAUUGGAACCACUGACCACAAGAGAACUCCAACAAUUGGAACAGCAACUUGACAGUUCUUUGAAGCACAUAAGGUCAAGAAAGAAUCAGCUCCUCUUUGAUUCGAUAUCUGAGCUUCAGAAGAAGGAGAAGUCACUUAAAGAUCAGAAUGGCGUCCUGCAGAAGCACCUCGUGGAGACGGAAAAGGAGAAAAAUAAUGCUUUAUCAAAUAUUCAGCACCGGGAGCAGCUAAAUGAAAAAAAUACUGCUUUGCCAAAUACCCAUGACCGCGAGCAGCAAAAUGGAGCAACAACAAGCUCACCGUCACCUACACCAUUGACGGUCCUUGAUUCCAUGCCUAAUCUAAAUAUUGGGUAUUAUGCUUCACACAUCCACUGUAUUGACGUUUGCUCCCGUCACAUCAACCUAGAGAAGCAGGAGGAGAACCAGAAUCUCAGCCGUCUCCAGCACAAGCAAACAGCGGCAAGCUACCGCCAUGGAUGCUCCGCACCAUCAGUAACAGAUGAAGGCUUCCAAUGCCCUCAUGUGACUCUCCAUCCCAAGGGGAUAUCGGUGCCAUCAGGCGUCCACCAUGGAAGCUAG